CGGAAAAUGAAAAUGACAUUAACCAAGAUGGCGCCAGGCGACCGAGUAAAGCGAUGAGAGAAUAGAACAACAAGCGAUUCAACUAAAUAACAGUGCGCAUUAAUGUCCUCCGUGCGACUAUUUUUAAACCAGACAUCCAUCUUAUCACCGGGGAACCGCAAAGCGCGCACCGAGAAGUCGCAUUGGUCUACGCGGAUGUGAUUAUUCAACUGUUGGCUAGCUGCUAAAGUAGCCAACGUCGCUAACGCUCGCUAACUGCGGAAGAGGAGCGAGGAGGAGGCAGGCAACACAAGUUUGUGUUCAAUCGAGCGACCCGCUCUCAGUUUGCACAUCGACUCGCCCGAGUUAUCGUUUUUAGUUCGCGGGACGGUCCGGCUCAUCGUAACCAGGAAAACUAACGUUGCACCGGUGACAAGGAGAGCCGAGGAAAGGCGUCAUCUUCGCUGCUGUGACGCCAUGGCUCUUUCGCCUAUUCAAAGCGGACUGCCGGGGGUUCAGAACUUCCGAGCUGAUCCUGAAGAGUUUUUCACCAAGAUGGACAGGAUAGGGAAAGGCUCCUUUGGGGAAGUUUUCAAAGGCAUCGACACCCGGACACAGAAAGUUGUGGCCAUUAAAAUUAUUGAUCUGGAAGAAGCAGAGGAUGACAUCGAAGACAUCCAACAGGAAAUCACUGUUCUCAGCCAGUGUGACAGUCCCUUUAUCACCAAGUAUUACGGAUCAUACCUAAAGGGCACAAAGUUAUGGAUUAUCAUGGAAUAUUUGGGUGGAGGAUCAGCCCUGGAUUUGUUGGAACCUGGUGCCCUGGAUGAAACGCAGAUCGCCACGAUUUUGAGAGAGAUCCUGAAAGGGCUCGAGUAUCUGCACUCUGAAAAGAAAAUCCAUAGAGAUAUCAAAGCUGCCAACGUGUUGCUGUCAGAACAAGGCGACGUGAAGCUGGCAGACUUUGGAGUGGCGGGCCAGCUAACGGACACGCAGAUAAAAAGGAACACAUUUGUCGGAACUCCUUUCUGGAUGGCGCCCGAGGUCAUAAAGCAGUCCGCUUACGACUCAAAGGCGGACAUCUGGUCGUUGGGAAUAACAGCAAUAGAACUGGCCAAAGGAGAGCCGCCGCACUCUGAACUUCACCCCAUGAAGGUCCUAUUCCUCAUCCCAAAGAACAACCCACCUACACUGGAAGGAAACUACAGUAAACCACUUAAAGAAUUUGUUGAAGCCUGUUUAAAUAAGGAGCCUAGCUUUAGGCCAACUGCCAAAGAGCUGUUAAAACACAAGUAUAUUGUAAGGCAUUCCAAAAAGACAUCAUACCUGGCAGAGCUGAUCGACAGAUACAAGAGGUGGAAAUCCGAGCAGUCUCGGGCUGAAUCCAGCUCCGAUGAUUCUGACGAGGAGUCAAACGGCCAGGCGUCUGGAGGAGACGACGCUGGCAAUGACGACUGGAUCUUCAACACCAUCAGGGAGAAGGACCUCAAGAAGUUUCAGAAUGGGGCGGCGCAGCCUGCUGAGCUUGAAAGCAAACCGGAGAGUCCAAAAAGGCCUUUGUCACAAAGCUUAUCCACAAUCUUUUCUCCGUUGUUCACUGAGCUGAAAGAAAAGGGAGAGACGCGUAACGGCAAGCCGGGGGCCGUGGAGGGGCUUCAGGAGGCCGUUCUCCUGGCAGAAGAAACCCACCCUGGGAUCUGUGACUCCCUGGUAGCUGAGCUAGUGCAGAGACUCCAGAGGUUUUCUGUGCCCCAGCCCACUGCCGGCCAUUGAGGGGCGCCAUAUCCUGCGCCUCUCUAAUUUCCCACCCUGAUGGCGGCAGUCGGAUCUUUUCCUCUGACCUCCAGAGCCGGGAUGAAGUCUCCCAGGAAUGUCUCCAUCCCUCGCUUGGCUGAAGCAAAUCCUGGCCCGUAUAAUGUCUGUUUACCCCGCUAGCACACCACCACCCCGAGGGUCCCAACCGGGACAGUCAGUCGCCAGCGGCUCAGCUGCGACUACGACCUCCACCUGCUGUAAAAUGUCCCUUCUCAAUACCUCCUUCACAACUGUUUGAUUUUAGCUUUGAGGGGCGGAGUCCGCCGUCUCUCUGCGAGGACUCCCACGUUAUUGGUUUUUUGACGGGCGUUUUUCACAGAGGUUUUACACUCUGCAUCUUUUAUGGAGAAAAACACCUUGCUUAAUUAAUAGUGUGCGUGCGUGUGUGUGUCUGUGUGAGAUAUCAUGUGAAACGUGCGGUGGCGUGUCGAGUGGGUUGAAGCGUUCUAUCAAACUCAGGUAUCCUGCUUUAAGAGGAUUGGGUUCUCUGGGAGACGGAAAGCGCUCUAUAGGGUGGCUGUACAGACUUGUAAAUAUGCUAAUUUCUACAGAUUCCUGAAAAAAAUAAAUAAUGAAGUGUUUGUAAUGGAACCACUGUGUACAAACGGCCACAUGCAAUCUGUAGAUAGAUAAAUAUUUUGAGAGACUAAAUAUGGCCAUAGAUGAGAUUGCCUUGCCUUUCUACUCCUUCUUUUGUAUAUCGGUCUUUUGAUUUCUCCGGUUGUUUAAACGAUCUCCAGUGAAAAUAGCUGCCCUCUAUCAUGUCCUACCAUUGAUUUGUUUUACAUUUGCUGUUUUACACAAGCCCUGGUUUGGUGGACUUUGCCUCUUCGCUCCCCCCCUUUUUUUGCGGCGUGUUUUUGGCCGGUAAGAUGAGCUGAGGUUUCCUCCCUUCACCCCAUUAACGGAGCAGACAGUGUUAGUCUUCCUCGGAGCGGUACUAUCCAUCUCCUCGGCUCGCCUCCAGCUUUAAUUGCACUUACAAGUACAAAUGCCUUUUGGGCUGUAAGCAAAGUAGCCAUAAAUCCGUAGCACGGGACUCGCAGCUUCCAGGUAUGCUACCUGGGACAAAACAAAAGUCCACCUGAAGUCUCGCAGGUGGGACCUCCGGUGUGAUAUUUGCUUGGCCGGAUCUUUCAGUUUGUACUCGUGAGCGGUUUUCACUUGUAUAGUUAAUAAAAGUGUUUUGAGACAAAGACUUGUCACGGAGCAGACGACGUGUUGACGGCCUGAGCAGUAUGCGUUGUAGCAUGCUGUCGCAGAACUGGAGGAACGCGGAGUCCCGAUCAGCCUUAGAUUAUUUUGGAUGAAUAGUAUCUUCUUUAAAAUGUUAGGUGCAAUGCUUUUGUUGUCAUUGCUUCUUUUCCCCUUUUUUGUGGUAUUACAAUGGCAUAUGCAGCAAUACUUUUAGAAGACGAACGAUAAAAGAUCAAACAUAUUUAUUUCAUUCCUUGUCAGUAUGAUGGAUGUAUGAUCAAAUGGACUCGUUUUGUCUCGGAUGAGAGGGAUUUUUCAUCAUUCUUGAAAAAUCGGAUUUUAUUUUUUGCCACAGGAAUUUAAAUGGUACAGUUAACAAGGCGAGUUAAAGAAACAGUGAUGAAAAAACUUUUUACACUCUGAGGAUAGUUAGAUAAGAUCAACUUCUGUUAUAUUUUCCCUUUAAAUAUACUGCUACGCCAGUUAGCUUAGCACAAGGACAGGAAACCGCUAACAAACAUUACUUACAAUAUUGUCAUUCUUCUUCCUCUCUGAUUUCAACAAUCAAACGCAACAUUUCCGUAUUUCUUUAAAAAUGUUUUUAUUUCUGAUUGCUGAAGGUUUAAUGGGGAGAAGUCAAAUAUGUAUAUUUCUUGAAGUAUAAGCCAACUUCAGCCUCGUGUUUUCUGCUCUUCUGUGAAAAUAUUACGGCUCUUCAUUGAAACUCGUGCACUGUGCCUCCAUCCCAAACUGAGACCAAUACAACUUGCACCUUUUGACAUCGUCCGUUACGACGAUAUCUUUUGAUGUGUUUGCACUUUGCAGAUUUAUUUUGUUUUGUUUUCCAAUGGUGGUUUUCAAAGGCUACAAUGUCACCAUCACACCAGUUUGAUUCCCUUUGUGUCGUAUGGCAAUAAAGCAGUGUGAUCGCCAAGGGUCAAUCCUUAGCACAAGUAGGCAGAUAUUCCAUUAAACUAUUUUUCUAACCCAAAAGAGCAGUAUUAUGUAAUCGAGGGAGUAACGUUUAGUUCUGUGAUGUGUAAAAGUUUCAGUAAACACUGGAUAGCAAUCACUUAAAAUGUGCACUUCAUUUUGUGUGACUUUGCUGACCGUUUAGUUGUUUAUAAAUGUUUGAUCAUUCAGGACGUUGCUGUGGGAGUUAUUGAAAGUCGUUGAAUGAUUUUUAAGGAAAGAAUUAAAAUCCAAUACAAUUUGAUGAAUGGUUUUGCCACUGUUUGACCGAAUCCUAUGUGAGAAGUUUUCUUUGCUUUUCUGCAAUAUCUUUACAGAUUUGAUUCAGAUAUUUAAGUGCACCCAUCAACCUAAAGUGCCUAAAGUUUAAAUGCAACCCUUGGCUGUUGUAGUGUAAGAGUCUUAAUUUUGUUUCACUUGUACACUGUAGUGUGAUAAUGGUACAUUCAUUCUAAUAAUGCACAAGCUUAUUAAAAAUCAAGAGAUUAAAUAUAUGAAUUACUGA